CUGUUAGCACUCGAUACCGCCUGCGUAUGCGAUGGUAAUAAGGCAGGGCGAGCUGCCGACCCCACGGUUACAGAGUUAAGGAUUAUCGAUCCCGCCAUCCGCCCGAUCCGAACCGGACUCAAACUUGUCGGGGGGGCACACACAGUAACCUGUCAUGAAGACUUUCUCACGGUGAUCAAGGGGUUACGAGAUGCUGAACCGGGGGAGGUGCUUGUGAUUGAUACUCAGGGGAGUCGUCGUGCGGUGGCGGGUGAACUGUUUCCGACAGAGGCAGCGCGGAAAGGGUUAGCGGGUAUCGUCAUAGAUGGUCCCUGCCGCGAUACCAAAACGAUCCGAACUUUAGAUGUGCCCUACUAUGCACGGUCCUUCAACCCAAUAGCGGGGACAACCGCUAAGAUCUUUGAGACGCAAAUCCCGAUCACCUGCGGUGGCGUUAUCGUGAAUCCGGGGGAUAUUAUCUUCGGCGACGAUGAUGGGCUUAUUGUAGGGUCCAUUGAUGAACUAUCAGCAGCAAUUCCAAUCGCCGAGGAAAUCCAGCGGAAGGAAGAUCUGAUGCUAGAGCAGAUGGCAGCAGGUGUGAGUCUGUUUGAGAUGUUGAAUUUCGAGGAGCAUUACGCAGCGGGUCACAACCGUAUCGGUCUGGAACGAUUUAAUCGCCGCCUCGAUGAUUUCCUGCGCUGCAAGGCCUGCGGCACCAGAAGCAUCAAUUUCAUCGGGUGA